AUCGCCUCAAUGCCCGAUAUUUGCUGGAUAGACGAGACUGCCCCUGGAGUAUAGUCGACUGUAUUGGAUAAUGGGAGAUCCUAUAGGGACCAAAGAGGCAUUCGCCGCUGCUAACGGAUUUUUGAAACCGGUUCUUCAAAGAGAGGAAAUUCAGAAAUCCCGUGGAAACUCUCUUCUGGAUAUACUCAACAGCAAUCUACCGGAACCAGCUUUGGAUGAUGCUGUGAGGAAUACUGUUAUCGGAGUGGCAUUAGACAUUCUUUCACGCAUCCAUGUGGCCUUCACAGGGGAGGAAGAACAAUCACAAGUCAUCCCCGAGACAGAAGAUGUUGCGCUGGAAGAUGCAAAGCGACGCCGGAUUCUCCAUGCGCUACUAGAUCUCAUAUCUCUGGAGGGUAUUUACCCAUCACUAUCAACCGGAGUGGGAAUACCCCUUCAGCAGAGAGUGAUUACCGUUUUGCCCGCUGGGGUUAUUGCCAAACAGUCUGAUGCGCCCACAAGUGGCAAGCCUCAUGAUGAGUUGCUGUUAGACCGCAUGCUGCUUACACUGUCUGAUAUUACUCUCGAUACGAGGCCUAGCAUACAGCCUGUUGUGCGUGGCCGGAUCCUAAGCGAUAUCAUCAGUGGGUCGCUAGACUUGGCCUUCAAUUCGAAGAGUAUAUCUGCUGAGAGGAGGGAUUAUCAUCAGAACGCUGCUUCAAGGAUCAUUGGAGAUACCCCGAGUUCCGUUCUCUUGCCAACGUUAUCAGCCUUCCUCCAGUCUGAAACCGCACCAUGGUUCAAGGCAAAAAUCUCUAGCUAUAUAUCCCGCAUUCCUCUGCGUCAUGAGGGAGUCUUGCAGACUAUCCUUUUUGUCACGUCCCAAUUCGCGCCUUCGCUGGGUCGUGAAGCGCAGAAUCAAGCAUCCAAUGGACCGCACUUCACUGUGCAGGCUAUCAUGCACGUCUCACGACUACUAUCUUCUGUACCACAAGACAUGAAUCCGGUGGCUUACUUCUCCGCGAUUGCACCUCAGCUCUUGUCAUUGCUUGAUGGAGAUGACCCGGAUCUGAAGAAGACAGCAUCAUAUGUCGUGGGCAGUGGGAUUCUGGGCAAACGGGCGUACGGAGCACCCGGGACAAUAGGACAUACGAUAUUCGUGGAACCGCUCUUUAAAACUUUAACCGCAGAGUUGGAUGCUCUUACGAGACAACGGAUGACAAUUUCUGGCGGUUCAGGUGGCGAUUAUUCAAAACAAGCACUUGUUGACGGAUCCAUGCUGCACCUUGCUGUCGACAGGCUGAAGACUCUGACACUUCAACAUCCGAACCCAGGACUCGUCAAAAGGCUCGUCUAUCCCAUACUUGUUCCUCUCUGGGGGUUGGCCUCUUUCGCCAUGGAGCAGCAACAGGCCACCCUCAAUGAAAAGGUCAUGGCCUUGCUGCAGACAUAUUUCGGCGUGUCCGUAGGUGUGCAACCGUUAAAAAAACUCGUUGAUCAUCUACUGUGGAAUGGAGGCCCUAUGUGGACAUACGGAGUGGAUGCCAAAGGCCAGAUAUCAUUGAAAAAGAGCGAUUCUUCUCAUACGGAUCAAUUCAACGUCAUCCAGCUCAUGGACUCGCUACAGGCUCGCACUGAGAUGUUCGUUAAGUUACUAGGAUCCGAUCCAAGUAGCGAAGAGCGAACAGGAGAUAUAUUCCUGUACGUGAGUGAAACUUGGCUUGUCAAGGACUCAUCUGCACAGCGUCCACUCGAUCAAUUGCAGCUUUCUUCCGAGAAAGAUGAAUCAGAAGUCAUUCUUCAGAAGCUAGUCAGCGCGAAACUAGCAGAGAAGCUUUUGGAUAAUUUCAAGGAUACUCUCUCCCGUCGUCCUCUUCGCGUUCUCGAGCUCAUCAAACAGAUUAUCGAUAGCGAAUCCGGUCGAGUGUCCAUACGGACAAAGACGAAGAAUGCAUCUCUUGCAUCGUUGACCAACAUUGUCAAAAAAGACGAUGAAGAAAAACCAGAAUCGUCAAGCGAAAAUGACUCGAAUGAGUCAUUAUCCACAGCAUUCAGUUUACUUUCUACCGUCCUCGCCUCCCCAGAAUUCGCAGUGUCUAACGAAACACGACCAGUCCUAGAGAUCAUCAAAACACAGCUAGACCUACUAGUCCCACACCUUCCAUCACCACUCACGAAACCAUCAACGACGGCCUCCAUGCUACUCGAUAUACACCUAGCAUCACCAGGGCACAUCAGAACAAACCAAGCAUCAAAAAAUGUUUCCGACCUCGGUAUCCACCGUCAAGCUUUAACAAACCUUACCUCUGACCUCCCACCAGUCCAAGCAGAAGGCUUCUCACUCCUAUCUGAUUUGAUCAAGAAAUCCUCCCCGGUCCUCGAUAUCCCAUCUACCUUAACUCUCCUCUUAUCAAUCAUAGGAAAUGAAUCAGAAUCAGUAGCAAACGAGGAAUUCAUCUAUCUAAACGCGAUCAAACUAAUCGGAACCCUUGCUUCGCGACACCCGCGUACCAUCAUCAAAACGCUCGUCGAUCGAUACACGGACAAUUCCGAAACCGCGACUCUCGACCAACGACUGAAAAUCGGUGAAUCGAUACUUCGUACCGUGCAGGAUCUCGGGGAAGCUCUUACGGGCGAGACGGGCAAGAUACUAGGUGAAGCUAUAAUAUCCGUUGCAGGACGACGAGGUCACAAACCGCAAGGGCAAAAGGCGCGCAGAGAACAACUCGAGAGAGAAAAGCGACAACAAGAGCGUGAAGCUCGCCGGAAGGAGAAGGAAAAUGCCAUGCCACCUGGUUGGAAUGUGACUUCUGCCUCGAUCACGGAAGAAUUAGGAAAACAUCUCCAAGAGCACGAGGAUGAAGAUGAAGAUACUGAAUCACCCGAACAAAAUGCUCACGCUGCAAAUAUUAUUUCCGCCUGGGCUGCAGGUUCCCAGUCAGAUGAAGAACCAGAGGACCUUCGCGUCCGCGCGUCAGCCUUAUCCAUCCUCGCAUCUGCAGUGCAGAUAAAUUUCGCAGGCUUGGGUCCAGAAAUCGCAUCAUCAGCCGUGGAUCUCGCUCUCGCCACACUUACACUAGAGCCUGAUGCUGAAUUUGCAAUCCUCCGUCGGGCAAGUGUGGUUCUGCUCCUUGACAUCCUCAAAGCCCUCGAUACAGCGCGCGAAACACGCGGAAGCACGGGGCUUGGUUUUGGCUUCUCGCUUUCAGAAGAUCCUUUCCGGGGAGCUAAUAAUCCUGGCAAGGGCUCUAUCGGAAAUCUACCGCGUAUGCUCCGGACAUUGCAUUUUGUAGAGGGUCAUGAGACGGAUAGUAUUGUUCGUGGCCACAUUCGGGUUCUGAUCGAGAGUUUUGAGGCUUGGACGGACAAGUCGCUGCUGUGGGGUAUUGGGGCACGGGGGAGAGAUGAGGAACAAAACGAGCCGAGAUUCGAGCUGGGUGAUAGGAUUGCUGGGUUGAGUGUUGAUCCUUUGGCUGGAAGGAGUGCGCGGCCGAGAAUCGAGGAGAUUGAGUAGGAUGCUUUCAUGGUCUCCGUUAGACUAGAACUGCUUGUUGCGAGUAGAUUGAGUAUGCAGGUACAUUUUACAUCCAUUUUACUCAUAUUAUUAGCUAUGUUAGAUUUAGUGCAUAUGUGAUUAAAAGUAGGGAACAUCCCAUCCCAUAACCGCAAUCCUAUGGCAACCCAGAAAUAAACAUUGAAAAU